AAUGGUGAAAAAUCGAUAUUAAAUGUGAUGUUUUGUCUAAAUUUUUAAAUUUGAUUUUCCGUUCUUUUAGAAGAGUAUAGGGUUAUUUUAAAAAUGGAAGAAGAGGAAUCAACGGAUAUGUGCCAAACUUGUCUCGAACGGGGACGUUUUCUUUAUCCUCUACGAAAAUUGACAUCAACAUUACAUGAAUUGGGAAUUCCUAUAAGGACCGAUGUCACCUCCGGUGUGUGUUGGGAAUGCAAAACAUUUAUAAUGAAAAUUAAGAAAUUUAAAGCACAAGUUAUGCAAGUGCAGGAUGCUUUGAUGGCAAUAGCAACGCGACAAGAUUUGCAAUCUUUAAGCAGAUUAACAUAUUAUAGUAAAUGUACAUAUGACUUAGAAAUAAUAUAUACAGAUACAUUGAACGUGAAUGAAAUAAAAAAAGAGGAAAUUGUAGAAAAUAGUUUAGUCAAAGAUACAUUCGUAGAAGCAAAUACACAGAUAACUUACGAUAAUUUUAAACAAAAUGAAUUUGAAACGAAUAAUAAAUCAAAGUUUUUAAAAAAGAUACAAAAAAAGGAAUUAUUAGAAACAAAAGAGAAAGAUAAAUAUACAAUGAUUGUGUUUACGGAAGAGGAAAUGUUAAAGAAUAGGGAAGAAAAGAGAAAUCAGCCUAAUUAUAAAAAAAUCCCAUAUAAAUGUGAAUCUUGUGUAUUGGGAUUUUUAAGAAAGGAAACAUAUAAUCAGCAUAUAAAGAAAAGACUUGACAAGAAUAUAGGAAAAUAUAUAUGCAAUAUAUGUCAAUCAUGCUAUAUAAGUAUGAAAUCAUUGAAGAAACAUGUUAAGAAGCAUUAUGUUGUAUAUAAAUGUACUUUAUGCGAUUAUGAGACGUUAGAAUUGUGGUCUGUUGUCAGUCAUUGUCGUUUGAAACAUAGUAAAGAUGUUAACGGACGGAUACAUUGUCAGCAAUGCUCGGUUAUUGUUGGAACUCCAGAUGAGUUGUCGGAACACAUGCAAAGUAAUCAUUUGUUAAAGUGUAAUCAGUGCAAUGAAAAAUUCAAAGGCAAACACACAUUAAGAACACAUAAAAUUCGUAUACAUGGUGUAAAAAGGGACUAUAUAUGUGAUAUAUGUAAAAAAACAUUCAAAACAAAGUCCCGUUUAGAAUCUCACAUUGUCUCACAUAAUACAAUAUUGGCGAAUAAAAUGGCAUUUUGUAUGGAUUGUAAUGUUCAAUACAAGAAUAUAUAUGUAUACAGGAAUCAUUUGAAGAAUAGUGCAAAUCAUUCGGAGAGAGUAUAUGAAUGUGAAGAUUGUAAGAAAAAGUUUGCUUCAAAAGUAUAUUGGAGGAAACAUUGGGAGUUCUAUCAUCUUCAUAAGUCAUCAUUUAAAUGUGAGAUAUGUAAUAAGAUAUUUAUAUCUGAUUGGAGAUUGAAGAAUCAUAGACAAACACAACACGGUCUGACUAGAUCUAGGAAUCAUUGUUGUAAUGUCUGCGGAAAGAAAUUCUUUACUCAGUCAACAUUACGUGGUCAUCAAUUGACACAUUCUGAGGAGCGUAGCUACAUGUGUGAGGACUGUGGGGACACAUUCAAGCAGCGACCAGCUCUGUACACGCACUCGCGACUCGUGCACAAGACGACCAGAGUGACCACAACGACCAAAGUGUGACCACAUCAACUACGCUACGGGGUAUAAGGUAACCCCGAGGAGUUUACCUUCUGCGCUCUACACGCACUCGCAACUCGUGUAUAAAACGACCAAAGUGUGACUACAACGACCAAAGUGUGACUAAAACGACCAAAGUGUGACUACAACGACCAAAGUGUGACUACAAAGACCGAAGUGUGACUACAACGACCAAAGUGUGACUACAACGACCAAAGUGUGACUAAAACGACCAAAGUGUGACUACAACGACCAAAGUGUGACUAAAACGACCAAAGUGUGACCACUUUGACUACGCUCCGGGGCCAUUAAGUAACUCCGAGGAUCGUAGCUACUGCGCUCUAAACGUAAUCGCGACUCGUGCACAAAACGACCCAAGUGACCAUAACGACCAAAGUGUGAUCAAAUCAAAUUCGCUACUGGGCCAUUAGGUAUACUCCGAGUAAUGUAACAGUAGUGUGUAAAACGACCCGAGUGACCAUAACGACCGAAUUGUGACCGGAAUGACCAUAUAGUGAUAUCAAGUGUUGUGAUGUCG